AAUCUGUCUGGUGUACUGUCCAAAAACAAUCAUGAAGUUUGUGGCUGUAAUCCUUGCUCUCGCUGUUAUUUCAGGCUGCCAGGGGCGCUUUCUGUUUCAGGAUGAGCCACAAAGCCGCUGGGAAGAGGCAGUGGAUCAGUUCUGGAACCAUGUGUCCGAGCUGACCUCUAAGGCUGAGGAGAUGAGGGACAACAUCAAGGCCACUCAGCUCGGCAGAGAAUUAGACACACUGAUCAGUGACACCAUGAUGGAGCUGCAAGUGUACAAAGAUGACUUGCACUCCACACUGGGCCCUUAUGCACAGGAGACUGCCAAGAGAUUCAAUGAAGAUGUUCAGCUGCUGGCGAAUAAGCUCCGCACACAUAUGGAGGACGCUAAGGAUCAUGUCAAUGAAUACACAGUGGAGCUCCAAACCAUUGUGGAACAGAAUGCUGAUGAGGUCAAGAACAGGGUCAACAACUAUGCCAAGAAACUAAGGAAACGUUUUAACAAGGACAUCCAAGAGAUCAACAAGAAAAUGGCAACAUACUUUGAGGAGGUUCGCUCUCGUGCUACUCUGGGUAUGGAGGAUGUGAAGGAACGUCUCGAGCCUUACUUCACCUCAGUGCAUCAGCGUGCUGAAGAGAAGCUGACAACUCUAGCAGAACUGCUGAGAAGCCAGGGAGAAGGAAUAAAAGAGAAACUGGAAUCACAAAUGCAGGACCUCAAAGAGAAAUUUGAGAAGAGCACAGAAAAUAUGCGUAACACAAUUCAGGAAAAGGCAGAGGAGAUAAAAAAUUGGUUUGAGCCCUAUGUGUCUCAGGUCCAGAAGCAACUGGAGACAGUCAUGGAGGGCUUGUAAUACCAGUGUAUAAGAAUGAGGUCUCAUAGGAAAAUUAAUAGAUUAACUUUUUCACUAAACGUUGCUUACAGAAAUGAAGGUAAUGGAAGUGUCAAAGUAAUGAGUGAAAUAUACCAUUAGUACUACAUGGAUGUAACAACAGAUGUUAGCUAUGCAAUAUAAAGCUCAAUAAAACCAGCAUGUACCAAUGAACUGUCUGUGUAUAACAUGUA